AUGAUUCGCUUUGAACCUGCUUGUCUCAGCAGUGCUGUAACAAAAACCCUCAGCAGCAGCAGCUCAGGGUUUGCCAGCAGCCAAACAGGGCAGCAGGGCAGCAUGGACCGUGACUGUCAGCAGCGAGAUCUGAAACAAGCUGCCUUCACAGCCUCUGGGAGGUUUCCACAGACAAUUAUCUCGGGCACACCCAGCCCUCAGUUCAGUGUGACUACAGGUCAGCGUCGCACUGCUGCUCAGUUACAGAUGUUGCUGGAGGAUUUCCUGUCAGUGACCAUAGAUGGGUUUCCCAGCGAUGCCAUUCUGAGUCAUGUGUGCAGACAGGGGGCAGAAAACAGCAGUGGGGGAGCUAUGAUAAGAGACCUGAUGCCUUCAACGCUGGAGGGGCAGAUCACCAUGGAGAAGACACCCAGCUACUUUGUGACUAACCAUGCCCCAAAGCGCAUCCACUCCAUGGCCAGGGACAUCAAGCUUAUUAUUGUGGUGCGUAAUCCUGUCACCAGAGCCAUUUCAGACUACACACAGACUUUGUCCAAGAAACCUGAGAUCCCCACCUUUGAGGUUCUGGCUUUUAAGAACCGGACGCUGGGUCUUAUAGACGCCUCAUGGAGUGCGUUACGUAUAGGAAUUUACGCGCUCCAUUUGGAGAGCUGGAUGCAGUAUUUCCCUCUUUCCCAAAUGCACUUUGUCAGCGGGGAAAGGCUCAUUGUGGACCCCGCUGGUGAGAUGGCCAAAGUGCAGGACUUCUUGGGACUAAAACGGAUCGUCACAGACAAACACUUUUACUUCAAUAAAACUAAAGGAUUUCCGUGUCUGAAGAAACCAGAGGACAGCAGCACUCCCAGAUGCCUCGGUAAGUCUAAGGGGAGAACUCACCCUAAAAUAGACCCGGACGUCAUUCGGCGGCUGCACAAGUUCUACAAACCCUUUAACAUGAUGUUCUACCAAAUGACCGGCCAGAACUUUGAAUGGGAGCUGGAGGAGGACAGUGAAUCUCGUAGCUCUCAGGACUAG